AUGGAAAUUCAAUAUGAUAGUGAUGAUAUAAGUAAUGAUGAUACUAGUAACGGGCUUCCGAUCAGCCUGAGGCUUAUAAAACGUUCGUUUGAGAAAUUAUGCGAAUUUGAUUGUCAACUGCAUCGUUGUGUGUUUGAUCGCAAGCAUAGUCGAUUGAGGGAGUUGAACGAAUUGAAUUUUGAGAUUUUGAAUCGUGAUGACUUUAAUUUACGAAAUGAAUUAUGCAUCUAUUUUAAUCGGCUAUCACAAAUCACCGGAAGUUUGAUACGGUGUUUUCCGGUUUUAAGAUUUCUGGAGGUGGAUAGUCGAGGUAAUCGAUUUAUCCCAGCUGAAGAGACCUCAAUCAAUACACCAGCAAUAGCGACUGCGAUUGUCACCAAACAGUAUGAAUCACAAUCCACUGAUCAGAUCUCUUUGAAGGUUGGUGAUAUAGUAUCAAUAAUUGAUAAGAAUCUUGUUGGAUCGAAUGGUAAAGCGUGGUGCAAAGCUAAAUUGACAAUUUGCAACGGUGAUAUUGGUCAACAACAGUGUUCAACCGUUCGAAGAAUAUCCACCCAACAACCUCAGCAUUUUCAUGUGGGAAUCUUUCCAAGUGAAUGUGUGAAAAUCUUUGAUGGUAAAACAUUCGAUAAUGAUCAUGAUCAUCAAUCAUCAACAACAAAACACCAAAAGCGAAAACAACAACAAUCUGCUUAUCAUAGUUUUAUCAAUUCGAUCGCAUCAAAUUCAAAAUCUUCAAAUCAUCAUCCAUUGAUGUCACCACAGUCAUCGAAUGCCUUCUCUACCACUACCAAUAAACGACAUAAUAAUAUUAGUAUUAAUAACUCAUCACUUAUCAAAGCUUUCCUAUAUCGCACUAAUUUAUUGCCUUCUUCGUCAACAUCAUCAUCUUCUGCUUGUGCUCAUUCCAAGCACAUUCCCGUUUUCGGAAUCGAUCUAGUGGAAUACCUGCAAAAGACGGGUGAUGAGAUACCAAUAAUUUUAAAGAAAUGCGUCGAGGUGAUUGAAGCUCAUGGAAUCGUAACGGGUGUGUAUCGUCAAUGUGGUAUUCAAUCAAAUAUUCAGAAGCUAAGGAACGGCUUCGACUCGGGUUCAUUACCGAAUCUGAACGAUGCGGCGAUUCUUCGUGAUAUUCAUUGCAUAUCAUCGCUUCUUAAACAAUACUUUCGACAACUGCCAAAUCCACUUUUCACAUUCGAAUUAUAUCCCGAUUUUAUUAGAGCUUAUGAAGUGAAUGAUGGAAAUCGCACGGAUCGUUUUAAAAGUGUUCUCGAUCGUUUACCAAUCGAACAUUAUCGAACGGCGAAAUAUCUGAUUCAUCAUUUAACACGUUUGUGUCAGUGUACGCAUCUUACUGAUAUGAAUUCGAAGAAUCUGGCGAUCGUUUGGGCACCUAAUUUAUUCAGAUGCCCGCCAUGUGAAAGCAACAAUAAUGAUUCAUAUGUAUUACGAGGACUGAAUAUACAAACGGGUUUAUGCAAUUUCCUUCUCGUGAAUGCAGCUCACUUGUUUUCUUUUGAAAUCGAUUGUUCCCUCAACUCGAAGCCCUUAAAAGAUUCAGUCAGAUUCAAUUCAACCUCAACGCUUAAACCUCAGGAUUACUCGGACCAUUCUAGCACCACUACACAGUUAGCGUCUUCUCAUCCUUGCUCUUCAACUUCUCAUUCUCUAUGCAACACCGCAUCACCUGAUUUAACGCAUCGAAACUGUAUUGAUCUCAAUGGUGGUCCUUCAUCAUUACCUACGUUCAGAACCGUUCUCGAAAGGCCCUCAAGGGAUUUAAAAAAUGAACAGCAGUCGUCGCAUCAAGGCGUAGCUGUUGAUUGGCGACGCUUAUUGAGAGGACCAUCAGUUGAUAACGCGUUUACGAGUUUACGGAAUCGUUGGCGUAAUCAAACUACUCGACGUGGUGCCAAUAUUGUGGAUUGUUGUAAUAACGAUGAGAAUGAACUGGCCGUGAAAUGGCGGAGGUUCGUCUCAUUUGAUAUAUUAAGUCCAUCAGCCGAGGAAGUUGGAGUUGGUUCUGGUGGAUUGUUCCGACAAGCACGUAGCGCAUCAUUGAUAUCGUUCGUUACGAAGAGUGUUGAAGAGUUUCGAAAUGGUGUUAUGAAAAGCCUACGAAGACAGCAAUUGCACCACAAUCGACGACAAUCCACUAUAGCCUCCAAACAACGACAAUCACCAAUUUAUUAUGGCACCUUAAGAGAGCAAACGGUUGGGCGGAUACGAAAUGAGUCGAUUUCAUCCUCAUCAGAUGAGAAUGUGAGAAGUGAUGGACGGGAAGAAAGUAAACGAAGACGAGCACGACGUGACGGAGUUUUGAGUGCGGUCGAGUUUGAGCAUUUACCAUCAACGUCAACAGCAGAUAAAGGCGCAACACAACAACUCACUGGAAGUAGUGCUUCAGAAACGAAUUCAGUUAAUAGAGCCGAACAAUUAUCUACUAACAGUCACAGUGAUAGUCGUGCGACAUCAUCAAAUCAACUCGCUCGGCGAAAAGUGUGCCUAAGCGAUUAUGAUACAGCUGACAAUAUUGAUGAAAGAACGGAUCAACUAGCCUUAUCAAAUCAUGAGGAAUCAUCAGAGCGAUCACUGAGGAAUGAUAAACCUCAAAUAACUGGAACGUCCUCAACAGAAUGGUUCGAUCAUCAGUCAGUAUCAUCACUAUCGUCAGCAUCUCAAAGUGCUUCAGCUAGUGACAGCAAUGAAUCAUUGCAGUUGGAUAUGAGUCGAUAUGAUAAUGUUUCACCGCAUUAUAUGCGUUAG